GUGCGUUACUUCUGGAUCAGGACGACUUGGGAAACCUCACACGAGAGCUUCACUCCUGGUGGACAUGUUCUUCGGGACUGGAGUCACAGCACUUCCGGUGGUAUUGUUGCUGCUGGGAGACAUUGUUGGAUUUUCGUCUGGAGAAUUUGAGGAUAACUUCAAGAACUGUCAUCCCGAUCUACCAGGAUUCGAUACUUGCGUUCGCGAAGGUCUGAACGCCAUUCGUCCUUACUUCAAGACGGGAUUAUCAGAAUAUGGCGUGGAGCCUUUUGAUCCUUUCUUUGCAAGGGAAGUGAAAACAUCACGCGGUUUACCCAAUCUUGGUUUUACCGUAACCCUCAAAAAUGUUACAGAAAGUGGAUGGUCUUCUAGCAAAGUAACAAAAUUCGUGAGCGAUCUUCCAAAUUACAAGGUGAGAUACACUCAAAGCUUCCCUGAGAAACACCUGGCUGGCGAUUACGAGUUCACUGGUGCAAUUCUGGGCUCACGGAUGAACAACAGAGGAAAGUUCACCUUGACUCUUUACGACUUGAUCCAGACGACGACCAUCACGAUGGCACCCAAUUCAAAAAUUCAGGUUCGCGUAGACGUUCAGUCAAUUCGUGACCUGGCCUUGCAUAUUUCACAUCUCCUUUACGGUCGGGAGGUUCUGGAAGCCAUCUUAGACAGGAUCAUCAAUGGCGUCUGGCAACCAGGAUUCAGCGUCACCAGACCAAUCAUCAAUGAUUUGGUAUCAAAUGCGUUCACUGACAUUUUUGGUAAAGCUUUCCAAAAGUUUCCUUUUGAGAAAAUCAUCCAGACUUCAAAGAAAAGUACCAGGAACAAUGCGGUACCAGCUUCCUGAAAAACGUGGUGAACCAGUAUUAUAGUGUUCUCCAGGUUCUCGAAUGCUUAAUAGAAAACUUCAACGACUCACCAGAAUAUGAAGUGGGUUAAGAACUUCUUAAAAAUUCCGUCUGCGUGUACCUAUAAUUUGUCUGUUAAAAACUAUACAUUAAAUAUGCUACCAGCAUCCGGUAGCAGCCUGGUACCCCACUACAGGAUCUUUCAAAAUCUCACGAACAAGACUCAAACCGGCUUUUACAGUUGAUUCUGAAAAAAAGUUAUUUUGUACAUACCAUUUGUAGUAUAUGUAAAUAAAUAAAAUAGAAGUCAUCGUCUGAUUUAAUAUUAAA